AUGAAUUCCGAAAUGGACAGCGAUCGGGAAGAGCCACCCUUACCACAGCCAAUGGAGGAAGAAUCAGAAGCCAACAUUGAAACUGCCAUUCGAUUUUGGAAUCACCCUUCCUUAGCGAAUAUCUCGUCUGCAGAUAAGAGGAGCUAUCUUCAUGCCAAAGGGGUUUCGGAUGCCGAGAUCCACAAGGCUUGGGAACGUAUAGUGGAAAGGGAUAUACCGAAUAAUGCUGGUGGAACGAACGCUAUAACAACAACCGUUCCCGUUGCUCCCAUUGUGGCCCAAGGACAAGGAGCUCAAGGAGCACUCGAUUCAGCAGCAGCACGACAAACCCCCAACCUCCACACUCCUGGUCAAAUGUCGUAUCCUCCAGCAUCGAACAACUACGUACAACCGACACCAACACCUUACUACAACAACAACAACAACCAAUAUCCACCAGCACCACAAGAAAUGGAAGAAGAGGGACCAUUGACGUUAAUGCAGGGUGCGUCACUAGUCACUUUUGGAGGCUUUAUUGGGUUGACUGCUGCAGCAGCAUCUCGAUGGUUGAAUGGAGGAGACUUUGAAAUAUUGCCGGGACCCAAGUAUCCUGCCGACAUCGGAGAACAGCGAUCACAAUUUCUAAAACGACUCGAAGAGGAGGCGGAAGAAGAAGAGGAAGACGACGAUGACGACGACGAGGAAGAUGUAGAGGAAGAUGGAGUUGACCAAGAAAUUGUAGCAGCGCUAUCACAACAGAAAUUGAUUCAGCAAGUCGAGAGUAUAGCGGAGAGUUUGAGGGUAAACACAGCUGUACAAGAGAAACUUUUGAAUAAGCUUACUAGCACAGGGACAUCCAUUACCGAUGAAACGAUGGGAUUCCUUCGAUCGACGGAUUCAUCGAAGUCCAAGGAGACCAAGACGGAGUACGACAAGUCGGAUGUACAAAUGAUAUGGAAGGAGCUGGUUCAAAUACAGGCCGAACUGAGAUCUUUGAACAGUGCGAUGAAAGGUAAAAAGUCUGAGAAAAGGGUAGAGUCGACCUUGAAUAAUCUUGAUGUAUGCAUUGAGGGGAUCACCAAGAAAAUGUUGUCAUCGGCAGGAGAUUCAACUCCAGAGCCGUCGAUGGCAAAGCCCUCUGGCGAGGAUCCGCAGCCGCAGCCACCGCAAGAUGCAUCCACAGUGUCUGUAGAAGAGAUUGGAAAGGCAUUGGAGGAGUUGCAAAUGCAAAAUGAAACUGCAACAACCUCGCAGAGUAUCCUGGAUGCUAUUCGAACUGUGGCAGAAAAGAACGAUGCAAAGGCAAGACAGGUAGGCUGUCAGUUGCUACUACUAUAUGUCGCCAACCUAUCCGGGAACCCCAACAAUCCACGUUAUCGAAAGAUUUACACAUCCAAUGAAAGCUUCAAAAAGGUCGAUCAAUUGAUCGGUGGCAAGGAUCUCUUGAUGGCAGUUGGCUUUGAGGAAAGUGGGAAUUAUCUGGAAUGGUUCCCCAAUGGCCCUCCAGCGCAAGAGUCAUCGGCAAUCGAAGUGUUGAAGAAGGCUACGGAAGCGUUACGCAUCCUGAAGAGUGGCGAGAAAUCAGACGAUUUGACGAAUAGUGCUCUUGCCGUAUUCCCAUUAAACACGACGGCUUCGGAGAACACUGAACAACCAUCGUCAAAUGAGACCGCUGUCCCUGAUUCCGCUGUACCCGAUACAGUCAAAAGUUAG